CUCCGCUCAGUGCCUUACCUGCUGCGAGGGGCUUCGCGCGCGCCCGUUGUGCUUGUGUUUACAUCGCGUGUGAUGGUUCGGUGACAGACACACAGGAUACAACCAUGGCGUGUGCCCGAGGGAUCUGCACCGCGGACAAAGUCUUCAUAUUCAUCAACAUCGCUUUCGCGAUGUACAGUGGCGCCCUCCUAGCGACAGCAGCCCGUCUAGCCUGGGACCCGAGCACAUACACAUGGUUCCGCUUUCUUUGCGCGGCGCAGUACCGGGCCUCUGCUGCCUACGUGCUCGCGGCGGGCUUGUGGCUCGCGGCUUUGGUCUACCUGGCCGCGGCCGCUGCCGCCCAUCACCCUCAUCAACCCUCGCCGAAGCCACGCUGCUUACAUCUGUACGCAGCCGGCGUGGUCUGCCUCGCCGUGAGUGAAGUCGGCUACGGGGCGUGGAUGGCAGCGUCACUGGCCGCCUGGUGGCGCGAGGCCCCAGAAGCCGAGCUGGCGAGGAAGGGCAUGGACCUGAUGCACGACUUGAAGCCCAUGUUGCUGGCUGUUGAGCGGUACAGGGACGUGGCGAGGCCAGUGCUCGACAUGCUUGAUGAGGUCGAGCACAAAGCGCCCAACAACGUAUACGUCAUCAUGGUGUUCGGUCUAGUGGGCAUGGUGUUACAAGUGGCCGCGUUCGUGAUGGCGCGGCGCCUGGCGCGCCGGGCGCCGCCUCAGGAGGACAAGGAGGAUAAGGAGGCCAGCGCGUGCGUGGAGGAGAGCGACGAGCCGGGGUGGAGGAAGAAGGCCAAUCUACGGAUGUAUACUAUACUUGAUAAGAUUUUCUAGCAGGACGACUCGGCCCCCGGGCCGCCGCCGCCUCUGCCCAGAGCGCCCUGCGCCUCCCUGUCCCCGCCGCGCUCCAGAAAACGUUCCAAAAAACGACGCGGGCGUCCCCCAAACGCCCCGAAGUACAAGGACGCCAAAGACGCGGCAUGGGAUAAAGCGAGCGAGGGGAGGUAUAUGACCCGGGACCGGGAGCCCGGUGGAGUGCGGGAGGCGAGAGAGGGGAAAGCGUUGGAGGGGAGGUUCACGGCGCGGGAUCGGGAACCCGCUGCAGCGCGGGAGGGUCACACGGUCCGGGAACCUUGGGACCCCGGACGGCCAGCGCGGGACGCGGCUUGGGACGCGGUGCAGGCGCAGUUCCGGGCCACGAGGAGGUUGCGGCCGCCCUCGGCGCCGCCCGCGCCUAAUACCGCUGCUGCGCUUCUUAUACUGCAUACUGAGCUGUAAUUCUGCGCAUGAAGACUUUUCAGUGACUGUAAUCGUCACUUAACGUCUAAAACGAAAUACUCACAGAAACUUGCGAAACAUUUUAAUAGGCACCAUUCAUUAUGAAAGACAGAAGCCGUCUAAACUAACUUUGCACUGACUUUGACGAGGAAAAGUGUGGAGUGGCAUUAUAGAUUCCGUAAUUUCAAAGCAAUUUGACAUUUAUUUCAAAACUCUUACAUUGUCACUGCUAAGACUAUGCAAAGUUAGUCUGGUAUCAUUGCUGCAUAUCUAUUUAUGAAAUUUGAGAAUGCCGCAUUUGGCUAUGUUAACGAAAACGACAAAGCUUUGCGUAAUCCUUCUUAAUAAAUGGUUUAUAAAGAGAGUUUUAACUUAAUGAUAUAAACUUUUGAAAAACCUGAAAACUAUGCUUGGUAUACAUGGAUGCCAAUGUGUAAGCUUUGCUGUUUGAACGUGUCUUUUUUUUAAUUGACUGAAAAGCGUUUUUAAAUUAUAUGUUUUCUGAUGUUAAUGUGUCACUUUAUAAAGUGAAUUUAUUAAACAUAGUUCAAAAUUAUUUUAUAGAAAAAAGGGUUAACUGUAUAAGAAAACACGUAUUAGUUAUAUUAUAAUGAAAUAUUGAAAUUAAUUGUUAUUAUUAGACCGACUGAAGUCGGACGAAUGAUCGACACUGCCAAAUGAAAUAAAGUUCAACUAAGCGCACCACAUUAUUCGAUAAUAGGUAUAUAAAAGUAUAUAACAUUGUUACUGAUAUAAUGUAUAACAUUUAAAUAGAUUCCAUAUAACGAGCGAGUCUUCUAAAUUGUAAAUUAAGAUUAAAGCUGUGACCACACGGGUGGCACAAGAAACAUUUAACCAGUGGUAGGAUUAUUGAAACUGUUGAGUCGAACUGUGCUAACCGCACGAGCUUUGUGAUAACAAAGUGUGUAAAUGUCACCAAAAAAUGUUAAAUUUCCAUGAUAAUUUGACAUUUGCACGCUUUGACAAAGAGAAUUUGAAAUAGAGGUGGAUUGUCAAAGAAAAUUUUGUCGCCACAGUAAAUUUACUGCCAUCUUUCUCUUUUGAUACAUCAUUUAAACUUUUAAAACGCCAUUUGACUUUAAUCCUUAUUCUUUCACUGAUAUGAGUUAAAUUUCAAAAACUGGCGCCAUCUUACCGGGCAUCGGAUAAAGGUUGUACUAACCGAUUAACUUUGAUCUAUUAGAUAGCGCCACUUUUUGGUAUUUAACAAAUUUAUCAUAAGGUAUCAUCAGUGAUAGAAUAAGGAUCAAAAAAUUUAAUCACGUUCUAAAAAUUUUAAUCAUGUGUCGAAAGAUGGCAGUAAAUUUACUGCUGCUACAAAGUUUUCUUUAACAAUUCACCUGUAUUUUAAAUUCUCUUUGGCUUAGACUUUGGCCAAAGUCGGUGCAGUUAGCUUACUUAGACAAACUCGAAUUAUAUAAUUAUGUGAAAUAACAGUGUUUAAGAUUUUAUAGAACAAUAGAUGCACGAGAACCGCUGACCGUGUGAAUGCAGCUUAAGGUUCCGCCAGUUUGAAUAGGCUAUGUUCACAUUUGGGUGAUUUUAUUGAAUAGAAUCUACUGCUUUCUUUAUUUAGUUUGGUUGGACACAAUUUUGGCAUUGGAUGGGUGACACUAAUGAGAUGUUUGUCAUGUUUGGAUCCAUCAGAGAAAUUACACAAAUGUGGACACGGCCUUUACGUUACCAGGUUUUGACAAUAUCUACCUUCUAGUAAUGACAGACUGCCAUAUUGAUUUUUAGAUUAAUUAUCAAAUAAGUGUAGCUUAGUUAAGUAAUGCCAUAUCACCGGGCAAGCGCCGACUCCUAUACUCCUAUAGUUAGUUGUUUUAAGGAAUUUUAUGAUCUGUAGAGUAUUUUUUUAUUGUACGAAUGUGUUGAGUCUUCGAAUACUAUCUAUAGAUACUGACAGGCAAUCGUGGCAGUAAAAUAUAUAGGCUGACGAUAUAAGUCAUUCUCAAAGCUUAUUCACAUUUUCCGACUUUCGAUAUCGGAUAAUGUGUAAACGCUGUGAUUUCUCGAACUAUUUAAUUUUUAGUGUUCCGUACAAAAGUUUGUUCACGGAACACUUAUGGGAUCACUUUGGAUUUGCAAAUCGGUUAUAUACGAUUUUCUCAGAGACCGUUUGACGGAGACGGCUAAAAUUUGGAACAGUUAUUAUUUGGUAUGUUUUAAGCUUUUCUAAGGCAGAGGGAAUAUAUUUCCCACAAUGAUUUUGAACUUUAUGUUAAAGAUUGUGGAUUGAAUAUCUUGUACAAGACCCGUCGCCAAUCUUCACCAUCAAUUGUAUCAUCAAAGUUGCGUGAAGUAUCGGUGAUAUCUUGCCAUAAAGGUCUUUUCUUUAUGUAAUUCUAUAUAACGUAUCGUAAGCGAAUAAAGAUAUUGCACCUUACUGUCAAUAUCUCUAGCUGUUUAUACUGCCAUGAUUGUAUGACCAGAGUGUAUCUUGCCUUGCCGUUGAUUGUACUGUAUUGUUGAGGAGACUGGUGCUAUCUGCUCCCGUGCUCCCGCGUCGCCCCGUAAUUAUUGUUUUCAUAUUUUUUUGCUACAUCAAAGAGAAGUUUUAUGAAAAAGAGGGUUAUACACAUCAAAUUAAAUCGUUCCUCGAAUAAAACUAACGUUAAUAAACAAGCGUUUAUGUAGACUAUGUAGAGCCGUCUGUAGAUCGUGUCAUUCACAAGGACGCGUGCCCUAGACUCUUAUUUCAUGUUAUUAAAGGUUAGUUUUGACAAAUCUGUGCGUCAUAAUGAAUGACACGAACUAUAAGUCUCAGAGACUUGGCUAGCGAGAGAGUAUGGUGCCACUGUAAAUCAAACUUGGGUGCUGCCAAUUUGGUGCAGGCUUAGCUUAGACGAACUCUAGCACUUCUCUACACAUAUUGUAGGUACUAAUUAUUGCCUUGAUUAAAUCUCGAUUUUAAUUUUUUCAUAAAAUUUCUGUGAUAUUAAACGUUCUGGGGCGCCGCGGGCCGACGCUCGGCGAAACUCCAUUUUGCUGUGAUUUGCUUUUAAAGUUCGAAAUGACUCUUCUACGUAGAUAGUUGAAAUUGUUAGUAUACUUAAACAUGACGCGGGGUGAAAAUGACUCAGAACGAUAACGACGAACUUAUCAAAUUCUGUAAUAAGUAUAGUCUAUCGAUUCCAAGUACAAGAUUAGGCGAGAUUAGGUAAACGAUAAACGUAAUAUACCCCAUUGUUUUUUGACACACCAUCAAGCACCAUUUUCACGAUAAAACCAGUUGCUAUGAAUAUUAAUCAUAAUAUUCAAUGGUAUCAACCAUUGAAUACGAAUAAGGACAAAACAUUCAUCUGAUACGCACAAUCCUUUAUACAUAUUAUCUUUCGAAUCCAAGUACAAAUGAGUUUGGUCUCACCCCGCGACGCGAGUACUCGGCCGCAGGGCCGCGCCCCGAUGCCAAAUAGCUUUAAGAAUACCGUUGUUUGUUGCCUUUACCUUCAACUGAACGUUUAUGCAUUUUCUUUGUACAUACAUGAACUAAAGUAGUUAAUAUUGUCAAUGACUUGAUUGCCCUCUCUCUCACUCAGCAGGUAAUAAAAUCAUAUGACCGCGAUUUUCAGUUAACGAAGUUACAGUCUUAACCAGUUGAGUGUCUACUUUUCCCCAAAUGAUGGAUGUUGGUAAUUUUUCUUGACUUGUCGGUACAGGGCUAUAACCGCACUUUUACUCCAAUUAAGGCGUAAUUAGAAUAACACUGACUGAGAAGAAAGAUGCCCGCAAUAUGCGAACUUCGGUGUUCGCGGUAGGUCCUCAAUGUCAACGCAAUACGCUGUAUUUCUUCCUGAUUGGCCCGGAGCGGGGACAAUCCGCAUCUAAACCAAUCAGAUAGCAGUACCAAGUCGCAUCGCACCGAUUCCUUAUUGCCAAGUCAGGAAAGGGCCUAUUGAGGUGUGUUAUUAUGUCAGUAGUAAGCAGUUACUCCGAGGAGUUAUUAAAAGCACAGUGAGAAAGAGAACUCGUUACAUGUCGUGCCUUGCGUUCGAGAGGGACAACGUGACUCCUGGCCUUCCGCUGUCAAAGAUUAGUUUUGUUGGACACGGAGAAUUCUGUAUUACAUACAUAAUCAGGCACACCGGUAGAAAAUGCCUUACGGCAUCAAGUCCACCAUUAUCAUGUAUUGUGAAAUAAAGAUUUAAAAAAUAAUAUAUUUUUUGCUUAAGUAUGCCAAGUUGAUUAGGGAAGGGCAACGGCGCGGUCAAGUAGCGAGUGUAGCCGACUAUCCUAUACCGACGAUGUUUAAAUUUUAAGGAAAACGAAGCAAUAAAGUGAUAUUUUUGUAAA